CCGGGUCCGUGUUUACUCAGCGGCGGGCGCAGCGGCGGCGGCGGCGGCGGCACGAUGGUGUUGGCGCAUUUCGUCGAGAAUUUCUGGGGGGAAAAAAAUAGUGGCUUUGAUGUCCUCUACCAUAAUAUGAAACAUGGACAGAUAUCAACUAAGGAACUAGCAGAUUUUGUAAGAGAAAGAGCUACAAUAGAAGAGGCAUAUUCCAGAUCAAUGACAAAGCUAGCAAAAUCUGCAAGCAAUUAUUCACAACUUGGAACAUUUGCACCAGUGUGGGAUGUCUUCAAAACCUCAACAGAGAAACUGGCAAAUUGUCAUUUGGAUCUUGUGAGAAAAUUGCAGGAUCUGAUAAAAGAAGUUCAAAAGUAUGGAGAAGAACAAAUAAAAUCUCAUAAAAAGACUAAAGAAGAAGUUUCAGGAACUCUGGAGGCCGUCCAAGCCAUUCAGAGCAUAACUCAGGCUCUCCAGAAAUCCAAGGAAAAUUACAAUGCCAAGUGUGUAGAACAGGAACGCCUGAAAAGAGAAGGAGCUACACAAAGAGAAAUAGAAAAGGCAGCUGUUAAAUCUAAGAAAGCUACAGAUACCUAUAAACUCUACGUGGAAAAAUAUGCAUUAGCAAAAGCUGAUUUUGAACAGAAAAUGACAGAAACAGCUCAGAAAUUUCAAGAUAUUGAAGAAGCUCAUCUCAUUCACAUAAAGGAAAUAAUAGAAUCCUUGUCAAAUGCUCUAAAGGAAAUUCAUUUGCAAAUAGGCCAGGUUCAUGAAGAAUUUAUAAAUAACAUGGCUAAUACUACAGUUGAAAGUUUGAUACAAAAAUUUGCUGAGUCAAAGGGCACUGGAAAGGAAAGACCUGGUCCUAUUGAAUUUGAAGAGUGUGAUCCUGCUAGUGCAGUUGAAGGCAUAAAACCAAGGAAAAGAAAGACUUUUGCUUUGCCAGGAAUAAUUAAAAAGGAAAAGGAUGCAGAAUCUGUGGAAUGCCCUGAUGCAGAUUCACUUAAUAUCCCAGAUGUAGAUGAAGAAGGUUAUAGUAUCAAACCAGAAGCAAAUCAGAAUGAUACCAAAGAGAACCAUUUCUACUCAUCUAGUGAUUCUGACUCUGAAGAUGAAGAACCAAAGAAGUACCGGAUAGAGAUCAAGCCUGUGCACCCGAAUAACUCCCAUCACACAAUGGCUUCUUUGGAUGAGUUAAAAGUAUCUAUAGGGAAUAUAACGCUCUCCCCAGCAAUAUCUAGACACAGUCCAGUGCAAAUGAAUCGGAAUUCAUCCAGUGAGGAGUUAACAAAAUCAAAGCCAGCUGCUCCACUUACUGAGAAAGGGAGCGAUGACUUACUUGCUUGGGACCCCCUGUUUGGCUCGCCUCUUGAUUCAUCGUCUUCAGCUUCACUAACAUCGUCAUCAUCCGAAUCUUACUUCAGUCAGUUAAUAACUGCCAGGCCCACAACUCCUCUUUCUAUAGGCACCAUUGUCCCACCUCCAAGGCCUGCUUCCAGACCAAAGCUUACUUCAGGCAAACUCAGUGGGAUUAAUGAAAUACCCAGGCCAUUCAGUCCACCUGUAAACUCCAACACUAGUCCACCUCCUGCUGCUCCCUUAGCCCGGGCAGAAAGUUCUUCCUCUAUCUCUUCAUCUGCUUCAUUGAGUGCUGCCAAUACUCCCACAAUAGGUGUGUCACGGGGUCCCAGCCCUGUCAGCCUUGGAAAUCAGGACACCUUACCUGUGGCAAUUGCCCUUACAGAAUCUGUUAAUGCCUACUUUAAAGGAGCAGAUCCUACCAAGUGCAUUGUGAAGAUCACUGGAGACAUGACAAUAUCAUUUCCAAGUGGAAUUAUUAAGGUCUUCACUAGCAAUCCUUCUCCAGCUGUGCUAUGCUUCAGGGUGAAAAAUAUCAGCAGACUGGAGCAAAUUCUUCCAAAUGCACAACUUGUGUUCAGUGAUCCAUCGCAGUGUGAUUCCAACACAAAGGACUUUUGGAUGAACAUGCAAGCUGUUACUGUCUACCUCAAGAAACUAUCAGAGCAAAAUCCAGCUGCUUCUUAUUAUAACGUAGAUGUAUUAAAGUAUCAGGUUUCAUCAAAUGGCAUUCAGUCCACUCCUCUGAAUCUUGCAACAUACUGGAAAUGCGGUGCUAGCACAACAGACCUGAGAGUGGAUUUUAAAUACAACCCGGAAGCGAUGGCCACGCCGUGUGCACUGUCCAACAUCCAGGUGGUGGUGCCGGUGGAUGGAGGAGUCACAAACAUGCAGUCCCUUCCCCCUGCAAUAUGGAAUGCAGAACAAAUGAAAGCCUUUUGGAAAUUAUCUGGUAUUUCAGAAAAAUCAGAAAAUGGAGGUUCUGGUUCUCUCAGAGCAAAAUUUGAUCUUUCAGAAGGACCCAGUAAACCCACAACACUUGCAGUCCAAUUCCUCAGCGAGGGAAACACCCUCUCAGGAGUAGAUAUUGAACUUGUUGGCACUGGCUAUAGGCUUUCCUUAGUAAAGAAGCGGUUUGCCACUGGACGAUACCUGGCAGAUUGUUGAUGGACUUGGCAGUGAUUGGCUCAAGAGACUAUUACAAACCUGCCAUUCUGCAUUACCUGUCCUUUCUCAACACUAUUCUAACUUGUAUGUUGUCUUUCAACUUCAUAUUUGAGAGCUGACUACAAACAUUAAAUUGCACUUUCAAAGCGA